UAUAUCCAUAGUGACAAUAACAGCGGCGGGCCGCGGCGUCUCCCAUGACAACGGCAGCCAGACAAUGAACGAGCGCUCGGAUGGCAGAAGAGACACGAGCAAAUAUGUCGUUUUGAACCGGGACGUUUUCCAAACGCGUUCUGUCCUCCGUAUACGUGAUAAUUGCUGAAUAUCUGGCGGCGCGUCAUGUAGCGGAGGCCGCGCUGGGCGGGGAGGGCAACGAACAGACGUCCGCGGGAGCGUUCGUUCAACGCGUCGGGAAUAUUCACGCAUCUUUAAAGCUGGAUUGUGGAUCUGACGAUGGAUGUAGGUGCACUUGCAGGUGGGGACGGUGUCCCGAGAAGAGCAGAUUCGGUUGAAGGUGGACUUGAAAUCGUGCCGCUGGAAAUGUACGACUCGGCCAGAGCCAAGAUAGAAGCAAACCUCCGGUGGUUGUUUGCCAAAGCGUACGGGGAAGAGCACAUCCCAGCGGACCUGCGGGACCCGUUCUACAUGGAUCAGUACUGCGUGGAGCACAUCAAGCCUCCGGUGCUAUCGCUGCUGCUGUCCUCGGAGCUGUACUGCAGGGUGUGUGGGCUGCUGCUGAAGGGCGACCAGGCGUCUGCGCUCACCUCCCAUCAGGCCGUCAUCCAGACGCUCGCACGCCGUGGGAUAUGUGUCAGAGAAGCAGACGACACACCCGUCUCCUACGACGACCUCUCCUCCACCCCCAUUAAGAUGAGUUCUCAUAUCCCGCUGAUAGAUGCUCUGAUGAUGGCGUAUACGGUGGAGAUGAUGGCUGUAGAGAGAGUUGUGGCGAGUGUCAAGCGCUUCUCCACCUUCUGCGCCUCUAAAGAGCUUCCCUUCGACAUGGAGGACGCCAUGCUGUUCUGGAUCAACAAGGUGAUUCUGAAGACGAGGGAACUCUCCGAGAAGGAACUCAAGAUGAAACCGCCACUGAUGGAUUCGCCGUGCCAUCAGAAGCCUGAUCUCAUGAACGCUUUGGCCCAUUGCAUGCUGGAACCGGUGGAAUUCUCUCGUGUGGUACGGUACCGUAGAGAACACCUGUCCGGCCGGCCGUUCCCACACCUGGUUGUGAUGGAGGAUCUGAUGAAGGAUGUUUGUGAUGGCGCGGCUCUGCUAGCGAUCGUUCACUUCUACUGCCCUGAAUACAUGAGGCUAGAUGAUAUUUGUCUGAAGGAGGUGCCGUCUCUGUCGGACAGUGUGUAUAACAUCCAUCUGCUCCGGGAGUUUUCUAACGAAUACCUGAACAGGUGUUUUUACCUGCACACUGAAGAUCUGCUCUACAGCCCACCAGUGCUGAAGCAUAACGUGAUGGUUUUCAUUGCUGAGCUCUUUUGGUGGUUUGAAGUAGUGAAGCCAGACUUCGUAAAGCGAAGAGACCUUCAAGAGAUUAAAGAUGUGAGAGCGUCUCUUCAGCCAAAGAGUUCCCGCCCCCAUGUGCCCAUAUCCAAUGCCACCAAGCGAAGCCUCUUAACUCCCUCCCCUUCAGCCGACUCGCUGGCGACAGCUGCCACUCCUGAUGGUUGUAUGAGGUAUUACUUGCACCCUGAGGAGUCCUUGUCUGUUUUCAGAACAAACAGAAGCCCCUCCCACCCGCUCCUCCCACUGCGACAGAGACCGCAGAAGCCCACUCAGGGGGAGGAGAAUUCAGAGCUCAGGAACAGGUCAAACUCUUUGUCCCGUAUGGAUGGACUCAUGCUUGGAUCACAGUUUGCCUGGACAGAACGGAAACAAAGGCCCAUCUCUCAGAUGGAGAUGGAUUGGGAACGUGUAUGUGGCGAUAAUAUCAGCUUGGCUCGAUCCAUAAGCAAGGACAGUUUAGCUUCCAAUGUCGUCAUCAUCACUCCACGACACCGCAUCAACGGCCAGCCCCUCCCCCAGACACGUCACUAUGACAACCAGGAAGAAGAGGAGGAGCUACUGGCUGUGAUUAACCCAGAGGGCGCAUCUGCAUCCAGAGACGCCCGACCCGAGAGUUUCUUCUUGGAACCAUUGCAACCUGCAGUUCUACGACCAAAUAAGGAGAAAACGGAGGUUAGUAAGUGGGAGGAGAGUGGAGAGGGGCGGAGUCAGGGACGCCGGGGGGCGUAUUCACCCACAGAAUGCACUCUCAACCGGACGUUUACGCCGAUCGGUGGCAUAGAGCAAGCAAGCCCUCGAGCUCAAUCUCCCGGAAGCUUCUUCCUGCACGACGACGCUCAGUGCGUGCGGGACAGUCCGCACGACGAUGCGGAGUGCGUGCGGGACAGUCCGCUCGACGACGCGGAGUGCGUGCGGGACAGUCCGCUCGGAGGCUGGGAGGACAUCGCCUCGGAUUCGGAGUUUGAGGAAGAUGACGAAAUAGAGGUCCAAGAGCAAGAGAUUUCCAAAGUAGUUCUGAUGCACGCUGGGAGGAAAUGCAUAGGACUCAGAGAGGAAGAGGAGUCUGCGAAACUGCGCCAGGAUGUUUGCUUGCGCGAACGGUACGAUAAGGAAGGCGUGAGUGGAAGGGCGAGUCCUUGCCCCAGCAUGUUGUCGCAGGCCAGCAGCACUUCGACUGGCACUGGCCGCAUGACGAGUUUCGCAGAACGCCGUAGACAUAGAGUCGGAUUCCCCGAUGGUUGCUGCAGCACGGGGAGCUCGCAGACAACCACUCCUGAUGAAUCCGAAAGCGUGCAAUUCCCUUCGGAUGCGAGUCCGGGAACGCCAGGUGGCCGACCUGGUCUCGCUUCCGAACUCGUACACCUUCGCAUGCAGCUGGAGGAGAAACGGCGCGCUAUUGAGAUGCAGAAAAAGAAGAUGGAGAACCUUUCGGCUUGGCAACGGCUGCAGCUGGGAAAAGCGGCGUUCUUGCAUGUCGUUAAAAAGGGGAGGAGCGACACACUGCCACACCCACUGAAAACGGUAAUUGGGUGUAAAAAGAAAGCGCUUGUGAAGGAUGACUCGUGCGUUGAGAUUCUGAAAGCCCAAGGAAAAGACGCAGAGAGUAAAGAAACGCCGGUAGAGGAGGAUAAGGACAAUCGUUUGAGUGUAACAGGAGGGGGCGGGGCUUCGGAUGAUGUGGGCGGAGAACCAGAUCUCGGCGAAUGUAGCCGUUCCAUUGAGCUCCUGAACGAAGCGAUCGGAGCGAUACAGCAGCAAAUGAUGCAACUGUCUCUCCAGCAGGACUUGCUCAUGAAACAGACCAUCCAGUCCCCGCAGGAAACCAAACCGAGCACUGUGCCGCCCUUAAACGAACACCCGUCGGAGCAACCUGAGACUAAGUCGCGCCUUUCCGUACAGUUCACGGAAACCCUUUCCACCACAACAAAACGUCCUCCCAGGCUCAGCUCGAGUCGUACGCCUCGGACGAAACCUAGCGACCUCAAACUGAGCAAAGAUGCCAACAGUCGUCCAGCGGCGAAAGCAAGCACUCCGACACCGGGAGGCAGGACCCCCCGGGAUGAGAAUGAGGAAGAGGGAGGGGCUAAAGAGGGUGGGCGUGGCUCAAAAGGAAUUAUUCGCAAUACUACAUUCAGACAGCAGGAUGCCGCAAACCGACGCGCCGACAGCCUCAACUCGCCCCAAAACGAACUCCCCCUGCUGAAACUGUCGCCUGUCGAUCCAACCCAGGAGCGGAGCGAGUCCGGCGGCUCUGGAAAGGAGAACGUUCCGGUUCCGUCCGAGGAAAACAGAACGAAAGCACAGCUGAUUGAAGUGGACCUAUCUGUCCUGGCUGAACCGGCUGAAACUAGCACAGAACCUGAUGAGGAACCGAAAUCUGGACUGGGCUUCUUCUUUAAGGAUGAUCAGAAAGCAGAGGAUGAGCUGGCUAAGAAGAGGGCUGCGUUCCUCCUCAAACAGCAGCGUAAGGCCGAAGAGGCGCGAAUACGUAAGCAGCAGCUGGAGGCGGAGUCAGAGCUCAAGCGAGAUGAAGCCAGACGAAAAGCUGAGGAAGAGCGUGUGCGUAAAGAGGAAGAAAAGGCUCGGAGGGAGUUGAUCAAACAGGAGUACCUGAGCAGGAAGCAGCAAGAACUUCUGGAGGAACAGGGUGGGACUAAACCACGCCCACGUAACAGGAGGCCCCGCCCUAAAUCACUGCAUCGCGCUGAAUCUUCCUGUUCUGCUCCGGUUAGUCUUUGUUCUGCUCCCUCCGGAUCGUCUCUCUCAUUGGCCUCUGCUGCUACUGAAGGUGACAGUGUGGCGUCAGGAGGGGCCAGUUCACACAGGGGGGAAUCUGUGGAAUCUUUUCCCAUACUGAGCCGAAACGCGAGCAGGAACAUGGAACGAGACUGGGACAAUGGCUCAACGGCCUCAUCUAUCACAUCUGUAGCAGAAUACAAUGGGCCCAGAUUAUUUAAGGAGCCUAGUGCAAAGUCCAACAAACCGAUCAUCCAGAAUGCCAUCGCUCACUGCUGUCUUGCGGGAAAAGUCAAUGAAGCCCAGAAGAACGCCAUUCUGGAGGAAAUCGAGCGGUGUGAAUCCAACCACCUGAUAAUCCUUUUCCGUGACGGUGGAUGUCAGUUCAGGGCGUUGUACGUAUAUUCCUCCGAAACAGAGGAGAUCGUCAAGCUCAAAGGCACAGGACCACGUGCCAUCAGCCGCAAAAUGAUCGACAGACUCUACAAAUACAGCUCCGACCGCAAGCAGUUCACCGUCAUCCCCGCCAAGUCUGUGUCGGUCAGUGUAGACGCUCUCACCAUCCAUGGUCACCUGUGGCAGGCCAAGCGGCCGAGCACGUCAAAGAGAAAAUGAUCCCGCUUUCCAUUGGCUCAUUGGAUCCAACCGCUGCUUUCUGAUUGGCUACUGGGUUAAAUUCCAGUCUCUUAAACUGCUGUUUUGCUAAUGAGCAGGCCUCCUAAUAUUCUACUGGUCCACAAGACUCCCGCUUUCCUAUUGGCUCACUAGCUGCCGUGCUCCUAUUGGCCACUAUCUGCCUAUUACACAAGCAGAGCUGAGGAAGUCAGAAGUGGGUGGAGCUUGACGUUUGAUUGACAGAGUUAAUGAAUGUGUUUUAGGAUUACAUCAUCGUUCAGUGUUGUUGUUUUUUAGGCAGGAAUCUGCAUGUGACACUUUUCUGUUUGAUUUUACCAUAGUAUUAAUUUACACAGGGAACAAAAGACGACACUUCCACUACUUGAACUAUGAAUUAUGGUUGCUAUCGUUACACGGGCACGUGCGAAUGUGUGUACGAGCGCGUCUGUUUUUUGCAUUUCUCAUACCUCUCCAUAUGCUGCUGUUCAUACAUGACACUCACUUUAGCAGUGCAAUGCAAUGAACAAGUGACAAGGGAUCUGAGUGUGUGUGUGUGUGUGUG